CGUGCCUCUCUUCUUCCCCCUCCUGGUCGCCCCGCCCCAAGCCCCCGACGCAUGCACAAACACAAAAAGAGCUCGAUCGCUCCCUCGCUCGCGUGCGGACUGGAUGGAUUUGAGUCUGGUAUUUGGUAUUUUCUAGGUCUUAGAGUGAGUGGGAGUGGGCGUGUUGGUGAUUUUGUUUUUGGAAAAAAAGAAGCGAAAUCGAUACCCUACUUCGUUUGUUGUGUUUUUCCGGAUCAUGGCAUGUGCGCAACAUCCAGAGCAGGAGGAGACGAUCCCAACGGGAAGUCCAAGAAUGCCAGGAACAGUUAAUUGGGGUACAGCAACAGUCGUCGGAGUAUUCGCUGGCCUGCUAUAUGGAGGAAGCAAGGAGGCUGCUGCAUCUAUUAGCAAAGAUGCAGAAGUGAUGUUGAAGCUUGGGAGUACAACAGAUAAGCGUGAGCAGUACAGACUAAUGAGAGAUGCCAUGGAGAAAAGGUUCAUCCGAGUUGCUCGUGGUUCAAUAAUUGGUGGUGUUCGCCUUGGCAUGUUUACUGCUGCAUUCUGUGGCUUGCAGAACCUUCUUGCUGAAAAGCGUGGUGUACAUGAUGUAUUCAAUGUUGCUGGAGCUGGUGCUGCCACAACAGCAACCUUUGGUCUUAUAUUGCCAGGUUCUAUGUUGUGGCGUGCCAGGAACGUAUUGCUUGGUUCAGUCCUUGGAGCUGGAAUUUGUUUUCCUCUUGGCUGGUUACAUCUGAAGCUGGUGGAGAAGGCAAAUGAAGAGAUUUCGAAUUGUAAAUUGUCAUCUGAUUUAAGUGAGAAGGCAGAGAUGAGUAAUACCCGUGUUGGCGCUGCAAUAGAGAGGCUGGAGGGCAGCCUACAAAAAUAACUCUUCUCUUACUGAGCUUGGUGUCAUCUGUUUUGGUACAUCAUGAAGGGAUUUGGAGAAAACAAGAUGACUGUUGGCCACAAAAACUUGACUGGGCUGAUGUGAGUCGGCGAUGGGUGGGGCCAGUGUAAAUUCACCCAGUGCUUUUGCGAAUCCUGCGAGCGUCAUUAGUUUCUUGCUAAGUCUUUCCUGAGUUAAUAUGCUAUGUAUUUUCAUAAAGCAUCAAGCUUUGGUGCAUGCAGCUUGUAGUACCACGGAGGCCAGAUGCUGUUCAGCAUGGCAGGCAUAAUUGGCAAUGGUAUAAUUGCACCCUUUACAUUAUUGUUAGGAACUUGCAGGAGGAUUUCUUGGACAAAUUUAUGUAAUUUGUUUUUCUACUGAGCCAA